AUGGCGUUCAUGUCUACUCUGACUCGGCCAUUCGUCAAUACGCUCAAGUACUUGCAAUGGGCCUCUCAUGCCCGGCCUGUCGUUUUCUAUUCGCUCCUCUUGGGUGCACUGGGUCCCGUAUCUGUCGUGGUUGUACCCAAGUACAGAGCCCAGUUCGGCUGGAAGCCAGCGGAGAGGAUUCCCGUUUCUUAUCCAUUGCCUGACAGGCCGCGUUCCCCGGUUUCGGGCUAUGAUGACGAGUGA